AUUUGGAAUCGAUUGUGUGGCGCUGCCCGUCCGCCGUACGGAUCCGUGCAGGGCAAAGGGCUGCCCCACACCACACGCUUCCAAAGCAGCGCGACGCAGGGCGAGCCCCACCGAAGGCAGGGAGCAAGCUGGGGCGCGUCGACUCCUUAACGAUGAGCAAGGAGCCCGAGCCCGAGGGCAAAACGGACGAGUCCAAGGACCCGGAGACGGAUCCGAACGACUUGUCUCCGGCCGACGUUAAAAUCAUACUGUUGGGCGAUAGCGCCGUCGGGAAAACGAAGCUCGUCGAGAGAUUUUUGAUGGACGAGUACAACCCGCAGCAGUUAUCUACUUAUGCCCUUACGAUGUUUAGAAAAAACUUAGACAUCGACGGCAAGAACGUGAAAGUAGACAUCUGGGACACGGCGGGGCAAGAACGGUUCAAUAAGAUGCAUCCCGCUUAUUACCAUCGAGCGCAUGCGUGUAUCUUGUGCUUUGACGUCACGCGCAAAGCGACCUACCAACAUCUCGGAGCCUGGUACGACGAGAUGCGGGACGCGUGCGAAAAUAUCCCUUGUAUAUUGGUGGCCAAUAAAAUAGACAUCGACUAUCAAGUGACGAAAAAGAACUUUAAAUUUGCCUCAUCAAAAAACAUUCCGUUUUAUUUCGUGUCUGCUGCGGAUGGUACUAAUGUCGUGAAAGUAUUCAGGGCGGCGGUGGAAUCAGCUUUAGAUUACAAGGACAACUCGGGGGACUUCAUGAACGAGGCCUACAAGCUGCUGGACGACGCAUGACUCCUUUUGGGAUUGGUGUAACA